AUGAAGCUCUUCCAACUCACGUUGCCUAACGAGCAACAUGGCAAAGUUGUAUCUAUGCUGCAAGAUGAGCUCAAUCUGGAUAACGUCACGAGUGUGGAGGCGCGUACGUCAUCUAUAGUGACGUUUCGCGUGGAGGACGAGGAGAUGCAGCCAAUUCUUAAUAAACUACAGCGCAUGGGUGUUGGCGUUCAGUUUGGUUUCUGUGACGUCAUGUUGCUAACGCCAGGUACCACCAUGCGCAAGCGCAACCAGAGCAAGAAGAAGAGGCGCAGUGUAGGCCGCAUCCUUGAACGGAACACCGAUGUGGGUACUGCGGUGCCAGUGGCUGAGAUGUAUGCGCACAUUGAAGCAAAUUCAACUUUAUCCAGGGACUCUGUGGUGAUGCUGCUCAUCUCUUCGUCGAUUGCCGGGAUCGGUCUGGCUGGCGAUUCAAGCACUUACGUUGUUGCCUCUAUGCUUCUAUCUCCGAUGAUGGGGCCGAUUUUGGGCUGUGCUUUUGGAUUUGCUCUCCGAGAUAAAGAUCUUUUUGUUAACGGAUUGCUGAAUGAACUUUUUGCGUUGACUAUUACGUUCCUGCUGGGUGUCAUGAUUGGAGUCUUUCUAAGCCCCUAUGCGGUAGCACUAAACUGGCCAACAGCUGAAAUGCGCGAGCGAGGGCAAGCUAUCCAAUUGUUAUUUGGCGCAAUUGUUGCCGCGCUUUCAGGUACCGGUGUUGCACUAGCCGAGUCAAACGCAAACAUCUCUUCUGUUGUCGGGGUUGCUAUCGCUGCGGCAUUACUUCCGCCAACUGUGAACUCUGGAAUUUGCUUCUCCUAUGUUAUGGUCGGCCAAUACUUUGUGACUGACAAUGUCAUUGGAGAUGAGCAAAAACUUGUUUUUUACGAAAUUGCUGUGGGAAGUCUGAUGCUACUGUGGAUCAAUGUCGUCCUCAUCUAUAUCACUGCAGUGAUGGUGUUUAAAAUUAAGAAAGUUGAUCAAUUUCAAUUGAUCCGGCGAAUCGAUGAAGGUGCAUGGCAAAACCUUCCUCGUGUACAGAGAACCCCUACUCAUAGACACAUAUCUGCGGGGCACGAACGGAUAAAAAGUCGUGGGAGUGCUUCCAGCACGCGUUACAUAGUAGCCGAUAAAGAAGGUCAGCGUUUUGUUCCUUCCGUGCAAAACGAUGGACGCAGCACUGACACAAGUGCACCGCUGCUUGAUAUGAAUGAGAUAUAUCCAAGCAGAGGCAAAAGUAGUGCCGAUGCAAUGUGA